GUUUUUGGGUGAGCAACUCGUCAACCAUUAGAUUCGGUCUAUUCAAGCGUUUAUUGUUAUGUGAGUUGACUGUUCACUUUUUAUUUAUUAACCAGAAACUAAUCGUAUUCAAAUGCAUUUUCCUGCAUUGCAUGUUGGAUUUGUAUAUAAGAAGUGGUAAUCCUGAGUGGUCAUCAGUGCCCAGUGGUCAGCUGUAACAGUAACACACACAAAAUGUCUCCAGUUACGAUUCUUUUCGUCAUCGCUUCGGUGUAUGGAGUAAUUGGAGAACCUCUCAGACACGCAGACUCCCGUUCCGCCUCUAGCGGCAUCAUCACUAAUGUAGUGGACGUCGGCCACGGCAUCGGCUACGGCAACGGCAUCGGUUACGGCAUCGGCCUCGCCGCGCCCGGCAUCGUCACCGGCCACGGCAUCGGCAACAUCGGCCUCGGCAGCAGCGCGCCCCUCAACAACGCCGCCGCCGUCGGCGCUGCUCAGCUCAGCGCCAUCCAAAACGCUCAAGCCGUCCAGGCCACGCAAAUCGGCAAUGCCGCAGCUGCCGCUAUCCAAGGCGCCCGCGUUACCGAAGUCGCCGCCCGCGCUGGCCAGGCCAAUGCCAUCCAGAAUGCUCAGGCCCUAGAUGCCGCUAGGAUCGCCAACGCGCAGAGAGCCCAAGCUGCCGCUCUGGAAAACGCUCGCGCCGUGGAAGCCGCGAGACGUGCAGCCGCCGCCGCACAGUACGAGCUAGCUCGCGCCGCCGAGGCCGAACGCGUCGCCAACGCUGCUCGCAUCCAGGCCGCCGCCAUCGCCAACGCUCGCGCUAUCGAGGCCAACCGUAUCGCCAACGCCGCAAGAGCCCAGGCUGCUGCCGUCGCGUCUAGCGCCGCCCAGGCCCAGGCCGUCGCCGACUCCGUGGCCAGAAACGUCCAGGAUGGUGGCGUGAUUCUCGGACACGGUCUCGUGUCCGCUGGAGUAGUCCACGCGGCGCCCAUCGCCGUGGAGGGACUAGCCAUCGGCUACGGGAAAGGACUUCAUUGAGCUAGUCCAGCAACUAUCUAGUCUAGUCUAUCCUAAUCUAAGUCUGUCGACGAACGAGUGUGUCAUAUGUGUUAAAUACGAACUUUAAUGUAAUACGAAUAAAGUUAACAAAACUUAA